GGGGCGGCGGCGGGCCGCGCUGGGACGAGGCGUGCGCGCUGGAGCUGCCGCCCGAGGCCCCCGACGCCGCCGACGCCGCGCUGCUGCUGCUGCUGCUCACCGUCUGGCAGCGCGCCCUCGUCGGCCCCCACCGCUUCCUCGGCCGCGCCGCCCUCGCCCUGGGGCCGCUGCUCGCCGCCGGACGCGCCCACCCGGACCAGUGGCACAAACUGCACUCCAAACCUGGGAAGAAGGAGAAGGAGCGGGGAGAGAUCCAGGUGAGCAUCCACUUCACCCGUCACAGCCUGACUGCCAGCAUGUUUGACCUGUCCGUCAAGGAGAAGCCCCGGUCGCCCUUUGGCAAGCUGAAGGACAAGGUGAAGGGCCGGCGGCAGUAUGACCUGGAGUCCGCCUCCGCCAUCAUUCCCAGCAGCAGCGGAGCCCUCGAGGAAGACUUCGGCUUGGGCGGCAAGAAGGCCAAAGGCGGCAGUGGUUUCUUCUUCAAGAACAAGCUGCGCAAGUCGUCCUUGACUCAGUCCAGCACCUCCCUCGGCUCCGACAGCACCGUCUCCUCAGCCAGCAGCGUGGUGGGCUUGAGUGCGUCAGAGGUGGGGGCAGCUCCCUCGCCCAGCAGGCACAGCAGCCUCCCCGCCAACCGCUCUGUGAGAGACUUCCUGCCUUCGCCAAAGCUGACCCACAAGAGGGCGUUCAGCGACGAGGCCUCCCAGAUCAACCUCUUGCCAGAGUCCAAGUCGGCCCAGAGCUUGAAGCCGCAAGGCGAGCCCGUCUCCAGGUCCUCCCUCUGCAUCAACGGAAGCCAUAUCUACUGUGAGGAGCCCUCUCCCAAGCCUGCCGUGUGUCCUGCGGCAGCCGCUGCUCAUCAGAGCAGGCCCAAGAAGCCAGCGGAGAGCUUCAGCACUGGGCCUCCUGCCCCCGAGUCCGUGCCCCCCCUGUGGUCCAGCAGCAGCUUCCAGAGACCCCCGCAGAAAGACCCCCCUCGUUUUAUCCCCUCCCCUCCAAUCUUGGCAGCCCAGGAAGAAGAUAAGCUCUCCGUCAAGACGCUCGCCCUCAGCAAGCGGAGCAGGGCCAAGAUGGACGAGGGUGUGCAUGCGGAGGGCAAACCUGUCCAGGUAGCGAUGCCCAUGGUGUUCUCGGCCAAAGCAGGGAGGGGGAGACCCCCGGAGGAAGCCCAGGAGGAUGAGAAGCGAACCCAGGCUGGCUUCUGUCAGGACAGCUCCAAAGACGAUGCUGGGAAAAGUUGCACGGUAGAGAGCGCAGGGCAUGUUGUGGCUGGCGGAAGGCCAGAGGGGGAAAAGAGCAACAGCUGGUUCAGCAUGAAGGAUGGCCAGGACCCCUCCCAAAGGCCCAGCUCCCAGGCUGGGCUGCUGGCCACCGCAGGGGUUGCCAAGGACACUUGUGUCUCUGAGGACCACGGCCCCUCUUCCUUCCUAAGAGCCGGACCUCUGCAGCCCGAGUCCGCACCCCAAAGCGUGAGUGCCUUUGAGCCCGUAGCAGCUGCUAGCCCCCCUCUGGAAUGGGGCGACCCCUUCGAUGCCUUUGCAACCAGCAGGCUGCGGCCGGAAGCGCAGAGAGAGCCGCUGCCACACCGGAACGCUGCCUGGGGAGGCCUUACCGACGGUGACCCUUCUGAGGAUGCCGGCCUCCCCGAGAUCUCGGCUGGACUCCCCCUGCGAUGGCCCAGCGAGCCAGGCGGGAGCCCAGGCACAGCCCCUGAAGAGACUCUGGUAGGGGGAGGGAGCCCCCCUCCUCCCCCGCAGGGGGCAGGGCUUCCCGUGGGGGCCCCUGAGGAAGACGCGAGUGUUGGAGUGAGCCGGAGCUGGAGAGAGCCAACCCUGGUAGCCGUUGAGGCCAAAGCUGCAGACAGCUGGAGAGAGGCACCCAGAGCCUCACCUGCAGAGUCAAGCAGCACGUUCUCUGGCUCCCAGCUGCCCCUGGGCCAGGCUUCGGAGAGCGACGCAGUCCUGUGUGGCUCUUCCGAGAAGAGUCCUCUGAGCACCCCCCGAGAAGGCAAACUGGACAGACCAGCCGUACUGCCGCUUGGAGCUUGCAUAACUGCUGAGGCCGAAAGACAGGAGGACGCCCUGGCCAGCAUGCACAAGUGGGGCUCUGCCAGGCAAGAGCAAACUGUCCUCCAGCUGUCGCCCACUCCUAGCAAGGCCCGGCUCCUGGAGGAGGCAGACAGCCCCCACCUAAUGCCAGGCUGCAGUGCUGACGAGGGGAGGGGUGUGCCCUGGGAGAGCGGGGAGCAGAGAGGGGGGCAGGGCAGGCAGGGGAUAGAGGCAGCCCCUCCCAAGCCGCCACGCAGGUUCACACCCCUUAGCCUUGAGGGGGAAGCAAAUGAGGCCGUUUGGGGGGUGCAGGUGAGCUGGCAAGCUGGUGCAGAGGGGUGUGAAGACCAGGCAGGCCCAGUGGGGGUGGAAGUUCCUUGCCAAGGCCCCCCCGGGAAUGAUGGCAGUGCUCCUCGGGCAGCUGCUGCGGUAAUUGGCGCAGGUGGCAAGAGCCUCGGUUGUGGCCCUGAGGGCCUCCUGCUUCCUGCUGCCGAUGAAGGACCUGCGAGAGCUAAUGAGCUAACCGGCCAGGCGAGCCCUUUGGGGGAUUCUGUGCUCGCAAUCAGUGAGGGGGCCGGUGGGGCCGAGCAGCUCGGAACCUGCCCUGGGAAGCCAGGCCAGUCCGCUGUGGGUGGGGAGCCUGGUUCUGUGCUCUCCCCAGGGCUGAGCACCCUGCAGGUCCCCAGGCCACUGCCUGUGGCCGAGGAGGGCCCCAGGCCUUCUGGGAGGCCUCAGGAGCUGGAGCCCCGCCCUUCUGUUCUGUUCUGGACUGCGCUGGAGGACCAGCUGUUAACAUCUUCUUGGAACAGGGCCAGCCUGAAGCAGCAGCACCCAGGCCUCGGCGAGGACACGUCAGAUAUGGGGUCCAGCCUGGGGCAGGGGGACGGGGCAGCCCUCGCCUUGCCCGAGGUAGACCGAACUGGAAGCCCCGGCAAACAGGCUCCGCCUGCCGCGUCUGCAUACCCCCAGGUUUUAGCCAGUGGCACGCUGAAGCAAGGCCACAGGGGCAGCUCUGUGAGUGACUCCGAGCUCUCGUCGAGCUGGUCGGAUGACAGGGUGAUAGACUUCAAGAAAGCCGACUUUUGGCAAGUGGAGAAGGAAGAGGAGAGCAGCAGGCGGGAUGCAGUUGGGGUCCCCGGCAACCCCUUUGUAUCCCGCACCAGCCCUCAAAACAACCCCUUUGUGGAGAGGCCUCCGGAUGUGCUGCCUGCCCUUCAGGUCUGCCCAGCUGAAGGCGUGAGCUGCAGGGACCUCCACGCGGGCGAUGCCCUGCCAGGCCUCCUUCCUGCUAACCCCUCUCGGGGCCAGCCAGUUGCUCCCUUCCUGCAUGACAGCCAGCCCCUGGCCUUCUCCACUCCUUCCCUUGAGGCAGCCUCGAGCUCCUGCACCUUUGACUUCCCUUCUCCCAUUGUGCCUCCUGCCUCCAGUGGGGGGUCUGCAGCAGGCAACCUCCUGGCAGCCUGCCUCCCCCUUGCUCUGCCAUCACCCAGCACGGAUGCCUCGGCGCCUUCAGUCUUGCCUGUGGAGUCUCAGCCGGCCGAUGAGGUGCCCGUCCAGCAGACGACCAGCCCACAUCCAGUGAAGCCCAUCAGCACGGCAAGGCAAGUGGAGAAGCAGCGCCGGUCCAGCCUGCCUCUCAGCCAGGAGAAGCUGAAGCCAAAGUCCACAAGCAGUGACGAUUCAGUCCCUCCAGCUUUGAAACUGGACAAAACAGACCUGAAAAGGGACCCUUCCCUGCCGGACUGCUCGGCCAAGUACUACCACUUGACCCAUGAUGAGCUGAUCCAGCUGGUGCUGAAGCGGGAAGCGGAGCUCAGCAGGAAGCAGGAGCACAUCCGGGAACUGGAGAACUACAUUGACCGGCUUCUGGUGCGCAUCAUGGAACAGUCCCCCACCUUGCUGCAGAUUCCCCUUGGCGGGGGGGCCAAAGCAGCCAAAUAAUCCGCCUCUUCUCACAGCCUGCCCCCCCCCCCCGCCCCAAGACCCUUGUUCUGCUCCUCUCCCUGUGGUCUGAGGCAAGGAGAGGAGCCUCUUGCACAGUGCGUCCUGCUUCCUGAUCCUCUCUUUCUGAUUGUGGCGGGGGACUGUUGCCUCCUUGCGUCCGCCCUGUCGGGCUUUCCAGAGAUGAGGCUUUUCUCCAGGAUGCCGAAGCCCCUCGGGGUGAACCUGGACUGGACUUGGUGCUGAGCCAUGAGCCGCGGCUGGGGUGGAAGUGCUGGGCUUGGUUCUGCUUCCGAGGGGGCUCGGCUGCUGCCGGCCAGCUUUCCUGCCAGUCUCUGUGGGAGCGCCAGCCUGCCUUCCCCGGGUGGCCAGAGGCGCUUGUGCCCAGGGUGGGGUUCCCUGGUUCCAGGCUGGGUCUGUGACCGCUGGCGCUCAGUAAUCCUGCUUGUCUGCUGGUGGUGGUGGGUGUUGCUGGGGGAAGGUCACUGUUGGGGGGGGGCAGAAACCCCCCGGGGGCAGGAGGGGCUGAUUGCCCAGAGGCUCUUCCUCGCAGGCUUGGCGUGGCCGUGCUCCUCAGGCUUGCUCGAGUCAGGUUGAGGCUGCUGGUUCCACCUGGGCCUUUGCAGCCUGGCUGCUCGCGGCCUUGACGGAAGGGGGGGCCCACGGUGGGUGGCCGUGGCUGGGCGUGCUGCAUCUGCAGAGCCUCUUCUGGGAUACUGGCUCUGCGACCCCCCCUCGAAUCCCUCUGUCCCCUUCGCCAGCCUUUCCACUUUGUCCCGUGAUGUUUGGUCUCUAGGUAAAGGAGGAAGCCGCCAUGGACAAAAUACUGGUGGGUCCCAAGCCCUCGGUGAGCUCUCACCCCCACCCCCCCCGCCCCCGCCCCUGCACUCCUGCAGUGAUUAGGAAAGGCCUGCCUUUCUGUCGGUUGGUUCCUCACUCUUGGGCAAAGGUGGACUUCCCUUUCUGCUUUGGGACGUGCAGAAUUCCACUUGGGGGUCUGGGUGAGGGGCGGGUCAAGAGGAUGGUGCCCUUAUUCCUUGGGGCCAGCUGGCUUUCCCUGUCCUGCUCCAGCGUGCUGUGGGCAGCCCGCCUUUUCCUCCCUGCUGUCCUCCAUGGCUGAUCUGGCAAAGGGGAAGAGCAGCUGGCUGGCCCUGGGAGGGAGCGAGUCCCCUGCCUGCUGCAGGGCCAGGGAUUCCUUCCCCUGCAUAGAGCUGCCUGCUGCGGCCUGGUCCUCUGGUGGGAGCUUUUGCUUUGCUCCUGGCGGUGCCGCUGCUCUCUGCCCUUUCCCUGCCCUGAUCGCGGUCGCAGAUUUCUGCCCAGUAGCCAUGGCUAGCAUUGGUUGCCCUCCUCUAGGCCACAUGCCCAGAGCAAGCCUGCUUGGAACAGGGCAAGCAGGCAGGCAGCCACGAAAUGGCAUCUCCCUGGUUUCCCCUGCUCUGCCCCGCCAUGGCUGCAGCUCAGCCAUCCCCUGACACCCUGUCCUCCAUGGCAUCCUGCCACCAUUCUCAGGUUGUCUGCCUCAGCUGGCGUUCCUGCCCUCUUCUGUGGCUCAAGCAUCGGGUCUGGGCAAGGCAUAAGACUGCUGGGAGCACCUCAGAGUGCUGCUUCUGGCUUGCGUACGUAUAGGAAGGCAAACGGCAUCGUCUUCGGGUGGAGACAGAGUCCAGCUGCUGUAGCUGUCAGGAUGGCAGAGGUGUUGGUUCUGGAACGUCUGAGGCUGCAGGCCCUUCCGGCCAUCCCGUUAGGAAAUGCUGGCUGACCUCCCCCCUGCGCGGCAGGUCUUGCAGUUAGUUAGCAGCGUCCCCGCUGAAGAAGUCGGGCGUUGGGCUCCUUCGUCUCCUGCUUCUCCUCUGCACCAGAAAUCUGGGUCCAGAGUCCUCCAUAGUUUAACACGGAGAGUUGCCGGAGUUCUUUAGGAAGGGAGAGGUGAGCUUGCAUUGGAGGCGGGGAGUUUUGCUUUCCUUGUGUUCGUUUCUGGGUUGGAAAGGGUGGGCUGGCAGGUCUUCAGGGCAGGAGGCGGGCUAUUCUGUUGCCCCCAGUAGCUGAGCUGCAGGCCCCUCUCCUGCACCUGCUGUGCCCAGGUGAAAGGAGCCAGCGACUGUACAGUAUUUCCCGGGGAGGCUGCCUCCCGCUGCCCCCCCCCUCUCUCUCUCUCUGCUUCCUUCUGUUGCCCCCUUCUCAGGGCCCAGUUAAUUCUCUUCGCUUCUGUUGACUCCUCCAGCCCAGAUCGAAGAGACUCCCGGCUUCGCUUUUGGGGGGCAAAAGCCAAUGGGGAGGGUCGCCUCCUGUCGUUGGGAGGAGAACAGUGUUAACUUCCUUCCCUGUGAGCAAGUUUUGGAAACCGGUGAGAGUGGGGGGGGUGCGUGUCAGGCCAGAGCUCAUGCUGGGACUUUGGUCAGCGUCCCUUGCAUACGGUGCCCAAGGGGAAGAGGGCCUGGCUUGUGUUAAGAGUUUCUUUGGGGGGUGUUAAGAAGAAAAAACAGCUUGUUAAAAUGUUUCAAGCACUUUAAAGAGAAAAUAAAAAUGGUUG